AUGUCGUCGAUGCGCAACGCCGUCACCCGACGGCCUCACAGAGAGCGCGCCCAACCUCAAUCCCGCUCAAAAUGGGGCCUCCUCGAAAAACACAAAGACUACAGCCUCCGCGCCGCGGACUACAACAAGAAGAAGGAGAAACUCGCUAUCCUGACGACGAAAGUCAGGGAUAGGCAUCCGGAUGAGUUCGCUUAUGGCAUGAUCAACAAGAAGCAGGGGCAGCAUGGGAAGGGUGGGACGGAGAAUAGGUUAGGGCAUGAUGCGGUGAGGUUGUUGAGGACGCAGGAUGCGGGGUAUUUGAGGACUGUGGCGGCCAAGGGGAGGAAAGAGAUGCGGAAGGUAAAGGAGGAGUUGGGGAGUGCGUCGGCGAAGGAGGGGAGGAAGAUUGUGUUUGUUGAUGAGAGCCCUGCGGGAUCGCCGCGAGGCAAGAAGCGGAGUUCUACCGGGGACGUCUUGGAGCAGGUUGAGAUCAAUGAGGUUGUGUAUCCGCAGCUGCCUGAUCUCGACAGCGAUGAGCCGAUCGAGGAUAUGGCGCUGGACGAGAACGCACCCAAAGCCAAGCCGAAGACGAAGAAACAACUCGAGCAGGAGCAAGCUGCCGCCGCGAGCCUACGUGCGGCGCGCAAGAAGAGGAGAAAGCUACAGGAGGUCCGCUCAAACAAGCUUGAGAUGUUGCAGAAGCGGCAGAAGGAGAUACUGGCUGCUGCUGACCAGCUUGAGUUGCAGCGGGCGAAGAUGGCGAAGACUGUUGGGGGUGUUAAUAAGAAUGGUGUCAAGUUUAAGGUGCGGGAGCGGAAGCGGUGA